GGAGCGGCGAGGGGCGGCGAGGACCGGAGCGCGAGCCUGUCUGCAAAGUGCUGCUGCUCCCUGGUGCUCAGAGGCGGCGGCUCCAGCUCCGACUCUCAUUCAUUCCGCCGGUUAACAUGAGAGAUCAUGGCCGCCUUCGGGCUCCUCAGCUAUGAGCAGAGACCGCUGAAGCGCCCCCGGCUCGGGCCGCCCGACGUCUACCCGCAGGACCCGAAGCAGAAGGAGGAUGAACUUACUGCUGUGAAUGUAAAGCAAGGCUUCAACAAUCAGCCAGCCUUUACUGGAGAUGAACAUGGCUCAGCCAGAAAUAUUGUAAUUAACCCAUCAAAGAUUGGAGCUUAUUUCAGCAGCAUAUUAGCUGAGAAGCUAAAGCUUAACACUUUCCAGGACACCGGAAAGAAGAAACCACAAGUUAAUGCUAAAGAUAAUUAUUGGCUGGUUACUGCUCGAUCCCAGAGUGCAAUUCAUAGUUGGUUCUCUGACUUAGCAGGAAAUAAACCACUUGCUAUUUUGGCAAAAAAGGUUCCAAUCCUUAGUAAAAAAGAAGAUGUUUUUGCAUAUUUAGCUAAAUAUUCAGUGCCAAUGGUUCGAGCAACGUGGCUGAUCAAGAUGACCUGUGCCUAUUAUUCUGCUAUUUCUGAAGCUAAAAUUAAGAAACGUCAGGCAACUGAUCCUAAUUUGGAGUGGACACAAAUAUCUACCAGAUAUCUUCGAGAGCAGUUGGCCAAGAUUUCCGACUUUUACCACAUGGCUUCCAGCACAGGUGAUGGUCCUGUGCCUGUGCCACUGGAUGUAGAGCAAGCCAUGAAACAAUGGGAGUAUAAUGAGAAGCUGGCAUUUCACAUGUUCCAGGAAGGAAUGCUAGAAAAACAUGAAUAUCUGACGUGGAUCUUGGAUGUUUUAGAAAAGAUCAGACCAAUGGAUGAUGACCUUCUUAAACUCUUGUUACCACUAAUGCUGCAGUAUUCGGAUGAGUUUGUUCAGUCGGCUUACCUGUCUCGUCGUCUUGCCUACUUCUGUGCCCGGCGUCUUGCCUUGCUGCUGAGCGAUAGCCCCAGCCUCCUGGCUGCCCACUCGCCCCACAUGAUGAUAGGACCAAACAGCUCAAGCAUCGGGGCCCCCAGCCCUGGCCCCCCUGGCCCCGUCAUGAGCCCUGUGCAGCUGGCCUUCUCAGACUUCCUCUCCUGUGCACAGCACGGCCCUCUGGUUUAUGGACUUAGUUGUAUGUUGCAGACUGUCACUCUCUGUUGCCCAAGUGCCUUGGUGUGGAACUAUUCCACAAACGACAAUAAGAGCGCGAACCCAGGCUCGCCCCUGGAUCUGCUGCAGGUGGCCCCUUCCAGCCUCCCCAUGCCAGGUGGGAACACGGCCUUCAAUCAGCAGGUUCGGGCAAGGAUUUAUGAGGUGGAACAGCAGAUAAAACAAAGAGGCCGAGCAGUGGAAGUUCGGUGGUCUUUUGACAAGUGCCAAGAGUCAACAGCAGGAGUGACCAUUAGUCGGGUUUUGCACACGUUGGAAGUGUUGGAUCGACAUUGUUUUGACCGAACUGAUUCCAGCAAUUCAAUGGAGACGCUUUAUCAUAAGAUUUUCUGGGCAAACCAAAACAAAGAUAACCAAGAGGUCGCUCCCAAUGAUGAAGCUGUGGUGACGCUGCUGUGUGAAUGGGCGGUGAGCUGCAAACGGUCAGGCAAGCACAGGGCCAUGGCGGUGGCAAAACUCUUGGAGAAGAGGCAAGCGGAAAUCGAGGCAGAGAGAUGUGGUGAAUCAGAGGUAUUAGAUGAGAAGGAGUCCAUUUCUUCAGCCUCUCUUGCUGGAUCUAGUUUGCCUGUUUUCCAGAAUGUUCUUCUAAGGUUUUUAGAUACACAGGCCCCCUCCUUAUCGGAUCCAAACAGUGAAUGUGAAAAGGUGGAAUUUGUGAAUCUGGUGCUGCUCUUUUGUGAGUUCAUCCGACACGAUGUCUUUUCUCAUGAUGCAUACAUGUGCACCCUCAUAUCUCGAGGAGACUUGUCAGUCACUGCCUCGACCCGACCGCGGUCUCCAGCAGGAGAAAAUGUGGAUGAACACUACCCAAAGGAUCAUGACAUGAAAAUGGAGAUUUUUUCUCCCAUGCCUGGAGAGUCCUGUGAGAAUGCCAACCCUUCCUUGGGCAGAAGAAUGUCGGUUAAUGGUGAGAAGUUGCUUAAGAGAGAAAAACCCAGGGAGCUAAUUUUUCCAUCUAAUUAUGACCUCCUGCGACACCUGCAGUAUGCAACACAUUUUCCCAUACCUCUGGAUGAAUCUUCAAGUCAUGAAUGUAACCAGCGCACAAUCCUUCUUUACGGAGUGGGCAAAGAGCGUGACGAAGCGAGGCAUCAGUUGAAGAAGAUUACCAAAGAUAUUUUGAAAAUCCUAAAUAAGAAGAGCACCACAGAGACAGGGGUUGGAGACGAAGGACAAAAAGCCAGGAAGAACAAACAGGAAGCAUUUCCAACACUGGAGACUGUGUUCACAAAACUUCAGCUCCUUUCAUAUUUUGAUCAGCAUCAAGUGACAUCUCAGAUCUCCAACAAUGUGCUGGAACAAAUCACGAGCUUUGCUUCAGGAACAUCCUAUCAUCUCCCUUUGGCUCACCAUAUUCAGCUUAUCUUUGAUCUAAUGGAGCCAGCGCUGAACAUCAAUGGACUAAUUGACUUCGCAAUACAGCUGCUAAACGAACUGAGUGUUGUGGAGGCCGAACUGCUCCUGAAAUCCUCCAGCCUGGCGGGAAGUUACACAACGGGACUGUGUGUGUGCAUCGUGGCUGUUCUCAGACGGUACCACAGUUGUCUCAUCCUGAAUCCUGAUCAGACAGCCCAGGUGUUUGAAGGGUUGUGUGGUGUGGUAAAGCAUGUUGUGAACCCCUCAGAAUGUUCCUCUCCCGAGAGAUGCAUCUUAGCCUACCUCUAUGAUCUCUAUGUGUCAUGUAGCCACCUCAGAAGUAAAUUUGGAGACCUCUUCAGUAGUGCCUGUUCAAAAGUUAAGCAAACCAUAUAUAAUAAUGUGAUGCCUGCAAAUUCUAACUUGAGAUGGGAUCCGGACUUCAUGAUGGAUUUCAUUGAGAAUCCUUCAGCUCGUAGCAUCAAUUACUCAAUGCUGGGCAAGAUCCUCAGCGACAACGCGGCCAAUCGCUACAGCUUCGUCUGUAACACGCUCAUGAAUGUAUGUAUGGGCCACCAGGAUGCGGGAAGGAUCAACGACAUUGCCAAUUUCUCCUCGGAGCUGACAGCUUGCUGCACUGUUCUUAGUUCAGAAUGGCUGGGAGUUCUGAAGGCUCUUUGUUGUUCUUCAAAUCAUGUGUGGGGGUUUAAUGAUGUGCUUUGCACUGUGGAUGUGAGUGACCUUUCAUUCCAUGAUUCAUUAGCUACUUUCAUUGCUAUUCUGAUAGCACGACAGUGUUUCUCCCUGGAGGACGUCGUGCAGCACGUCGCGCUUCCUUCUCUCCUAGCAGCAGCUUGUGGAGAUGCAGAUGCUGAGCCUGGGGCAAGAAUGACAUGCCGACUCCUGCUUCAUCUCUUCCGAGCUCCCCAGGCCUGCUUAUUACCUCAAGCAACCGGCAAACCUUUCCCUGGAAUAAGAUCAUCUUGUGAUAGACACCUCUUAGCCGCUGCUCACAACAGCAUUGAAGUGGGAGCCGUGUUUGCUGUUUUAAAAGCGAUUAUGAUGCUUGGAGAUGCCAAAAUUGGCAAUAACAAUGUCAGCUCUUUAAAGAAUGAUGACUUCACCAUGAGGGGUUUACGACGUGAUGGGAAUGCGGAUGAUAUCUGGACUGCCUCACAAAAUUCAAAAUCGUGUGGGAAAAGCAUUUCCAUAGAAACUGCCAAUUUAAGAGAAUAUGCUAGAUAUGUACUGAGGACUAUCUGUCAACAGGAAUGGGUAGGAGAGCAUUGCUUAAAAGAACCGGAAAGAUUAUGCACAGACAAAGAGCUUAUAUUGGACCCUGUGCUUUCAAAUAUGCAAGCACAGAAAUUACUGCAGCUUAUCUGUUAUCCUCAUGGUAUUAAAGAAUGUACGGAGGGCGACAACCUGCAAAGACAGCAUAUUAAGCGUAUUCUUCAGAACCUUGAGCAGUGGACACUAAGGCAGUCCUGGCUAGAACUCCAGUUAAUGAUCAAACAGUGCUUGAAGGACCCUGGCUCUGGUUCAGUGGCUGAAAUGAACAACUUACUGGACAAUAUUGCCAAGGCAACAAUAGAGGUAUUCCAGCAAUCCGCUGACUUGAACAAUAAUUCUUCUAAUUCUGGAAUGGGCCUCUUCAACCCAAAUGGCAUUGGAAGUACUGAUACAGGUAGCACGAGGCAGAAUGGAAUAAAGACAUUUCUAAGUUCCUCUGAACGCAGGGGUGUGUGGCUGGUGGCCCCCCUCAUUGCCAGGCUGCCGACCUCUGUGCAAGGAAGAGUACUGAAAGCUGCCGGAGAGGAGCUGGAAAAGGGGCAGCACUUGGGCUCCUCUUCCAAAAAGGAAAGAGACAGACAAAAACAGAAAAGUAUGUCUCUUUUGAGUCAACAACCUUUCCUCUCGCUGGUCCUUACCUGCCUUAAGGGACAAGAUGAACAACGGGAAGGCCUCCUAACAUCUCUUCAGAAUCAAGUUAAUCAGAUUUUAAGUAAUUGGCGAGAAGAACGAUACCAGGAUGACAUAAAAGCACGACAGAUGAUGCACGAAGCAUUGCAACUUCGCCUAAAUUUGGUGGGUGGAAUGUUUGACACUGUGCAGAGGAGCACCCAAUGGACAACAGACUGGGCCCUCCUCCUCCUUCAGAUCAUUACUUCUGGAACUGUUGACAUGCAUACUAACAAUGAAUUAUUCACAACAGUUCUUGACAUGCUGGGUGUUUUAAUCAAUGGAACAUUAGCCUCAGACUUAUCAAAUGCAUCCCCAGGGGGAUCUGAAGAAAAUAAACGUGCAUACAUGAAUUUAGUAAAAAAACUGAAAAAAGAACUAGGAGACAAGCGAUCAGAAAGUAUUGACAAAGUUCGACAGUUGCUACCUUUGCCAAAACAGACAUGUGAUGUCAUCACUUGUGAACCUAUGGGUUCCUUGAUUGACACAAAGGGAAACAAAAUUGCUGGAUUCGACUCUAUAGAUAAAAAACAGGGUCUUCAGGUCUCUACAAAGCAGAAGGUGUCCCCGUGGGAUCUGUUUGAGGGUCAGAAGAACCCAGCUCCUCUGUCCUGGGCCUGGUUCGGGACUGUCCGAGUGGACCGAAAAGUGAUCAAGUACGAGGAGCAGCAUCACCUGCUGUUGUAUCACACGCACCCCAUGCCCAAGCCCCGAAGUUACUACCUCGAGCCACUGCCCCUGCCUCCGGAGGAGGAAGAGGAAGAGCCCACAUCUCCUGUCUCUCAGGAACCAGAGAGGAAAUCAGCUGAGUUGUCAGAUCAGGGAAAAACCGCAACAGAUGAGGAGAAGAAAACAAAGGGAAGGAAGCGCAAGACGAAAUCAAGCUCUAGAGUUGACGAGUAUCCACAGAGCAACAUAUACCGAGUGCCUCCUAACUACUCACCCAUUUCCUCUCAGAUGUUGCACCAUCCACAGUCCACUCUGUGGGGCUACAACCUCAUGGGUCAGCCCCAGCAGCCGGGAUUUUUCCUUCAGAACCAAUCUCUUACUCCAGGUGGCUCCAGACUGGACCCCACGGGCUCCUUUGUCCCCACCAACACCAAACAAGCCCUGUCCAACAUGCUGCAGCGGCGUUCGGGGGCCAUGAUGCAGCCACCCCCGCUGCACGCCAUCACCUCGCAGCAGCAGCUGAUACAGAUGAAGCUUCUGCAGCAGCAGCAGCAGCAGCGGCUUCUCAGGCAAGCCCAGGCUCGACCCUUCCAACAGGGGCCACCAGGGGACCAGGCUGCUCUCUUUGCUGCACAAGCUCGGCCCUCCCCUCAGCUCCCCCAGUAUCCAGGGCUGCAGCAAGCACAGACCAUGCCCCAGGGCUAUACGAUGUAUGGAACGCAGAUGCCUUUGCAGCAGACCCCACAGCAGCAGGCUGGUGGCGUGGUCUUGUCUCCUAACUAUAACUCCAGAACGUAUCCAGCCACACAUUCCAACCCGGCGCUAAUGGAAAGACUCAGACAGAUGCAGCAGCAGCCCAGUGGCUAUGUUCAGCAGCAGGCAUCGCCAUACCUGCAGCCCCUGACUGGCUCUCAGAGACUGAAUCAUCAGUCCCUUCAGCAGAGCCCUCUGGUAGGUGGAGGAAUCGAUGCGGUGCUGACUUCCACGCAUCCCAGCCUUCCGUCGGUGCCCCUGCCUCAGGACCCAAUGAGACCCAGGCAGCCGCAGGUUCGACAGCAGCAGAGGCUCCUCCAGAUGCAGCAGCCCCCCCAGCCCCAGCAGACCCCGCAGCCCCAGAGUCAGACCCUUGGUCUCCAAGCGAUGCAGCCGCAGCAGCCUUUGUUCUCCAGGCAGGGCUUGCAGCAGACCCAGCAGCAGCAGCAGACGGCGGCCCUGGUGCGGCAGCUCCAGAAGCAGCUCUCCAGUAACCAGCCACAGCAAGGAGUGACUCCCUAUGGGCAUCCAUCACACUUCUGAAUCUGGAAGAGGACAAGACAGAAAGUUUUAUGUUUGCACUGAAAAAUAGAAAAUCAAAUUUAACGCAUCAGUCAUCUUUUAGAGGUGUCCCUUUGUUCUUUCCUUUCUUUGAAGUUUUCCUAUAUUUUGUGCUACAUUUCACUUAGAGGUAUUUAAACAAAAAGAAAAAGGAGGUGUGGUUU